UUGUUUUUUUCGGGGGUGUGACGUACAUUGUUUUUGUUUUUGUGCUAUUGUGAAUAAAACCAACUGUUGUCGAGUGAAACAAGAGUGAAUCGUCACCCGUGCCAGACUUUCCCACAAAGAAAGUUCAAUUCUAAACAAAGCUUUCGCCGGCAAAACAACAAAAUGCAGGUGGAACCCAUCGCCGCUGGCUGUGACGUCACGCAUGGCCAGCAAGAGGAAAACAAAACCAAAUUGCUUUUCUCGACGGCAGUCAGAAGCUCGAAAACCAACCAGCCGAACGGUCGGAUAUACACCUCGACUCCAAAGACCUCUCAGCCUCAGCCGAAGGUUCCCAACUACGUGGGCCUCAACGAACCCACGGAGAAGGGGCGAGUGGGCGUGGUGACCGCCCUCGAUCCGCUGCUCAAGAAGGUGGCCCUUCUGAUUGGAAUCCUAAUAAUCGGCUGCAAAAGCGUCAUUCUAACCAUGCCAUACGUCAGCGGCGACUCCAUCCAGGUGCUGAGCCACCAGGUGCAGAGUCGGUGGAACGAGACCUUGGUGUGGGCCACCAGGCACCAGCUGGGCUCCAGGCUGAGUCCCCUGCUGUGUGGUCUCAUUGUGGCCGCAUUCGCGUACGGAAUUGUGUACUUGGACAGCGCAGUGCCCGGCGUAAACCCGCCCGCGCCCUUCACGCCGCGUUCCAAGAGGCGUUUCCGCGAGGAGAAGACCGCCUCGCUGCACUUGGGCUACUUGUGCGCCCUGUUCUGCGGAUUUCUGGUCACGGUCUUCAUGUACUUCGACUUGUACUCCUAGAACUGAACACCCAUUUCCUUCCACUUAGUCAAAUAAGCUCACCAGUAUUAGAGUUUAAUCGUCAACUUUGGAAUUUGUAUUUAUUGUAGUCCCUGUAACAGUGCAAUGCUCCUGGAGAGAAACAUCAGCGGCAUUUUGAAGCUAACUUAGUUCCUAGUUCAUUUAUAAGUAACUUACUUAAAAACUAUAAAUUAUUCAUGAUUUCUAAGCUACAAAGUACAAAAUGAAACAUUUCACUGUUGAUUCUGGGCCAGGAGAGAACAGAUUGAGCUUACAAAUGUAUAUCUUAAUGUUUGGAAAUACCUUAAAUAUAACUUACUUAUGCACAUUGUUUUGCAUCAGAAUA